AUAGAAACUAGAAAGCCAUCCGGAAAGAAUUAUAGCAGGCUCAGCUCAGCAGGGAGGGUGAAUAUAUACUUGAAAAGAAGGGGGAGGAUUGAAGCAAACAGAUUUUGGGUUGUCUGCUGCUUUCCCGUAAUGUCUUUAUGGGGUAACAGCAAAGUCUGGAUGAUUCUAUUGAUCCUCCUCAUAUACUUUUCAUCCUGGGCCACCGCCCAGAAUCCCUACCAAUGUACCAGCAAUGGGAAUUACACAAUCAACAGCACAUACAGCGCCAAUCUCAACGCCUUACUCCGCUCUCUUUCCGUCAACAUGAGCGACUACGGCUUCCGCAGCGCGUCGGUGGGGCAGAGCACAAACACAGUCAAUGGUCUCGCCCUGUGCAGAGCCGACCAAACCCUCCAGCUGUGUCGCGAUUGUGUAGAGUCCGCCACGCGCGAGGUGCUUCGGUCGUGCCCCAACGAGAGACAAGCUGCUAUAUGGUACGAAUUCUGCACCUUGCGCUACUCUGACGACCCCAUAUACAGAACGCAGACUGCUGAUCCCACGUUUAUCCUGAGAAAUACACAAAAUGUUACAAAUGGAACUCGGUUAAGGGAGGAGAGGGCGACGCUGGUGACCGAUCUCAUUAACCAGGCAGCUAACGGCAGCUCCCAGCUCAAGGUUGGUGUAGGGAGAAGAAGUGUCUCAGAUCCCGAGUAUUCGGCAAUUUAUGCGCUGGUGCAGUGUACUCCUGAUUUCUCGUCAGAAGAUUGCCGGAGGUGCUUGAGCGAGGCUUCCCGAGGUUACCAAACAUAUACUGCGCAGGGGUUCAGAGUGCUAAACCCGAGCUGCAAUAUUCGCUAUGAACUUUCAACAUUCUACAAUGAAACUCGCCUCAGGGAAUUAAGGCUACCAAUUGUUGGUUCAUCACCUCCGCCCACCUCGCCGCCAGGAACCAAUGGCAAUAAUACAACACCAGGAAAAAAAGAUGAUAGCUCUACAAAACUUAUCAUCGGCAUUACUGUCCCAAUUGGAGUGACUCUAAUAUUUAUUGCUUGUGCCAUCAUCUUCAUUAGAAGAAGAAUGAAGCGGAGUAAGGCAUAUGAAGUUGCCGAGACUGACGAUAUUAGUAAUGUUGAAUCCCUGCAAUAUGAUUUUAGCAGCAUUAGAGCUGCAACUAAUGAUUUUGAUGAUGCUAACAAGCUGGGGCAAGGUGGAUUCGGCGCUGUUUAUAAGGGGAAACUUCAAACCGGCGAAGAAGUAGCAGUUAAAAGGUUGUCCAAGGAUUCAGGGCAAGGAAAUAUGGAAUUCAAGAAUGAGGUUUUGUUGGUUGCUAAACUUCAACAUAGGAAUCUGGUCAGGCUCUUAGGUUUCUCCAUGGAAGGAACUGAAAGGGCACUAAUAUAUGAAUUCGUUCAGAAUGCAAGCCUUGACCAGUUCAUAUUUGAUCCAGUCAAACGUUCACAGUUGGAUUGGGAUAGACGCUACAAAAUCAUUGGGGGUAUUGCAAAGGGAAUUUUGUAUUUGCACGAAGACUCUCGACUCAAAAUCAUUCAUCGUGAUCUGAAAGCCAGUAAUGUACUGUUAGAUGGAGAUAUGAAUCCCAAAAUUGCAGAUUUUGGCAUGGCAAGAUUAUUUAAACAAGAUGAAACUCAAGGAAAUACAAGCAAGAUCGUUGGAACUUAUGGAUAUAUGUCACCUGAAUACGCUAUGCACGGGCAGUACUCCAUUAAGUCAGAUGUGUUUAGUUUCGGGGUGUUGGUUCUGGAAAUCGUGAGUGGUCAGAGAAAUGUUUGUAUCCAAAAUGGGGACAGUACAGAGGACCUCUUGACUCUUGUAAGUACCAUCAUAUCUGCCAAUGUUAAUAUUAAAGCCAAAUUAUGCAGUAGAAUGAUUGUAUUGCAACUAAUGGCCACACAUUCGCAGACAUGGAAGAACUGGCGAGAAGGGACAGCUGCAAAUAUGAUAGAUCCCAUGCUGAUGAAUGGUGCGGGUUCUGUACGCGACAUGUUGAGAUGCAUGCACGUGGGACUGUUGUGUGUUCAAGAAAAUGCUGCAAACAGACCAUCAAUGGCUUCGGUUGCUCUAAUGCUCAGUAGCUCAACAAUGACUCUGCCUGUACCUGCUGAACCUGCAUUUUAUAUGGCUAGUCGCUAUGGUCCAAUGGAUUCAAUUUUUCAAAAUUCGAAAGAGUCCAACUCCAGCGAAGGCUUUAAGUUUCGAACAGGUGUAUCUGAAGGCUCAUCAUCUGUAAACGAUGUUUCAGUAACCGAGUUAUAUCCUCGUUGAUUUUGUCAUCCUGGCCGGAGGUUUGUGCUUUGCUUAGCACACAUAUUAUGCAUAUCCGUGUGUAUGUGAGUUACAGCUUCUGAAAUAGUAAAGCUGCGUAGGUAAUGCUGUAAACAGUAAAUGAAGAAGAAAAUGAACUGAUUUAAAUUCCGAACUACGAGAUGUAAUGGGAUUUUAUUAUAAAGGAUUAAGUCCGCAGAUAUAUUUGCCA